UGGUAUCGCCGGUCUGUGGUAUCGCCUAAAACUGUACCGUUGAGCAUCUCCCUACUCUAUUCUGAAAAUAUUAUUGAAAAUUAGUCUAGAUUCAUUUUAUACUUUAUGACUGUAAGGAUAUACAAAAAGUUGCCAAAAGUGUCGAGUGUGUGCGAGUAAAUCAAAGUAGAUACAGUAGUAACUCUAGCAAAAAUGAACCAGGCGAACGUAACUCACCUAGUUUCUAAAUUAAAAUUUAAUAUACGUCCAACACCGCGACGAUUAAAGAAUAAAGAUGGACCGCCAGGAAGAGUGCUGAAAAUUCAGAAAACCUUAACCGCACUGUUCGAAUAUGAACGGAUUGAACUGUUUUAUAAUCGAGCCGAUGAAGUUCGAGGUUAUGCCGAACGUCUAAUAUCAGAAGCCAUACGCAGAGGACCUGAAGACCACGAAAUGAUGGACUUGGCUAAUUUUUGGAUCAUCAGAAAAGAAUUUGUUCAUAAGCUAUUCAAAGUUUAUGUGCCCAGAUAUCAAGAUUACAGUAUAGCAUAUACAAAGUUGCACAAAGCUCCAAGGCUAUAUCCUGGAAUUUACUACAAGAGGGCUGUAUUGGAAUUGAGAGGAAACCCUUAUCCAAGCAUAGAACAAAGAAAUGCACAUAGUAAUGUUUUGCUUCAUAAUCUGCUACUCAGUGAGGCAAGAAAAGAGUACCGAAUGGAAAAGUACAAAGAAAUUGCAGAAAGUAUGAAUGAAAGAGAGGUUACAAGUCAGUAGAAUUUUACAUAGUAUGUCAAUUUUCUGUAAAUUAGUAGACAUAAGAUUUUAUUAACCAAUAAAAGAUAUAUUAAAGUA